AUGGCGCUUGGCGCUACCGCCGGCCUCACCGUCUACACGCUUGCCAUCUACGCGCUCAUGGCGUCGUCGCCGUUGCCGGCGCUGCAGCCUGCACCGCCCGCGUCCGAGCCUGCUGAGCCUGCUGAGUCGGCCCCGGCCCCGUCCGCCGAGUACUCGGUCUCGCCAACUUACCAUGUGCUCGAGGCAUCGGGCAUGGUCCGUGAGCGCCGGACCCUCCCCACGCGCAACUUUACCCACUCAACACAAGAAGUGUUUGCCUCAUCGGCGCUCGGCGCCCAGCCCGACGCGCUGAGCGCAGCCAAGGAGGUGGCUGAGGCUGUGCUCUCGCUCCUCGGUGACGCCUUUCUCCCGCUUGCCGACGGCGGUGGCACCGGCGGUGCCUGGGACGAGCCGUCGCACGGCUGGCGCUCCGACGGCGAACGCGAGGCCUUUAUCCUCAUGCUCCGCCGUCUCGUCCCCGGCGCGCGCGCCACCAUGCUCACCCAUCCGUCGCUCGUCUCGCUCCCGGACCCGGUCUACGUCCUCGGCGACUUGCACGGCAACUACUCGGACCUUGCCUUUUUCGCACGAACCUUUUGGGGCGCCGGCGUCCCCAUGUGCCCGGCCAAGAUCCUGUUUCUCGGCGACUACGUUGACCGCGGCCCGCACUCGGUCGAGACCCUUGCCUUUGUCCUCGCCCUCGCCACCGCGUAUCCGCAGCACGUGGUGGCCCUCCGUGGCAACCACGAGCUCGCUGACAUCAACGGUGACAUCGAAGUCUACGAAGACGGAUCGUUCCGUGCCCAGUGCCACGAGCUUCUCGGCUCCGAGUCGCGCGGCGAGGCUCUCUGGACCGAGCUCAACUCGGUAUGCGAGACCAUGCCGCUCGCCGCUGUCAUCAACUCGCGCAUCUUUGCUGUCCACGGCGGCAUUCCGCGGACCUGCGGUGACGACCCGCUCGCUGCCAUCGCCGCCCUCCCGCGCCCGCUCUCCGCCGAUGCCAUCGCCUCCAUCAUGGACGACACCGUCGCCGCCGAACUGACAGCCGACUCUCCGGCCGACGCGCCCGCUGCGGGCCUUGUUGCCGCAAUGGACCUCCUCUGGUCCGACCCGGCCGAAGAUGAGACCGAGCUCGCCGCUGCGCCCGCCCCGGGCUUUCCGCACGGCUUUGCGCCCAGCGAUCGCGGUGGCGGCACCGCCGUCUUUGGUCACGACGCCGUCGCCGCCUUCCUCGCCACCUCGGGCUGCUCGCACAUCAUCCGCGCCCACCAAGCCCCGAGCCUUGGCGUCUCCUACGCCAAGUCUGCCCAGGUCAUCACCAUCUUCUCCUCUUCCCACUACGCCGGUGGCCACAACUCGGCUGCCAUCGCCCUCGUCGCAGAAGGCGCCAUCCGCGUCAUGGUAACCUCCAAGGCCGGCCGCGACGGCGCCGGCAACGCCAUGUGA